AUGACUGAGUCGCAUUACUUCACCAGCCGCCACGUGCCAGCUAUAGUUGCCUCUUACGGAGCGUCAGCCAUUCUCUGUUAUGGUGCUAUCGAUGUACCGCUCGCACAACCCCGUUCUCUGAUCUUCGGUCACUUCUUCAGCGGUCUCGUGGGGGUCAUCAUCAAGGUCAUUUUCAACUACCAGUUUCCGGAAGAUGGCGAUGGAUUCCCACGUCUCAUGUGGCUUGCAGCAAGUCUGGCGACGUCGAUCGCUCUUGUUGUCAUGCAUCUGACCAAGACGACUCAUCCACCCGCCGGAGCUACUGCACUUUUACCUUGCGUCGACCGUACCAUUCACGCUUUAGGAUGGUACUUCCUCCCCGUGCUGCUGCUCUCCUCGGCAUUGGUCCUCGUAACCGCUCUCCUUGUCAACAACAUCCAACGACAGUAUCCGAAGUUUUGGAUUGCACCAAUCCCUCCUGCGCCGCCCGUACUACCCAAGGAUCAACAAAGCAGCACCCCGGAUGUGGAGAAGGCAGCGUUUGGAGAAACGCCGAAUCCGCCGUCAAACGGACCGCGCGAUGCAACGAGCACGCAAUGA